AUGCUCGGGGCGCGAUGGGACUCUGAGCCGAACCAGUUAGCCGCUAUCCGCAUGUCGUGGCGCGAUGGGAGAUGGGGAGCGAGUGAGGAGAAAAAAAAGGAUUCGUCGUGGAAAGUCGCGGCGACGUUUCGGGCGAGAAGGGCGCAACGCAGGGUUGGGUGGGCAAGUACGCACACACGCACGGUGGGCGGCGGACGGCAGGAGCGAGGGACAAGGGACGUGGACGAGGACGUGGACGUGGAAGGUGCUGGUGUGGACUCAGACAACGUGCGUGGGCGUGUGGGAAAGUGGGAGUGGAAUAUGAGGGCAGGCGCGGAUGGUGGGUAA